UCAGUUGUGGGGGCUGGUGUGACAUUUGUGGGUGUUGGGGCGACGGCAGGAGUGGGCUCCGACGUAUGCGAAGUGGUGACGUUGGUCGUAGUGUUCGGCUGAGCAGAGAUCUUGGCGAAUGUGGAUGUCUCGUGAAGGUCGGCAGUGGGGGUAGCAUUUCCAGUAGAAUUUAUGACUUUCAUUGAGUCAUAUCCCUUCGGAACUGUCGGAGCUGGGAUGGGGAGUUCCAAGUUGGUCGUUGUGGUUGCAGGUGAUGCAGUGGUCGUAGGGGUAGAAGUUGUCGUCGAGGGAGAAGAUGUGGUCACUGGUAGUGUGGCCUUGGUGAUGACGUCGGGGGUUACGGAAGGCGAUGCUUGAGUGGGUUGGUCGGUUGUGAAUGUUCCGUUCGGGUGCGGCGCGAGGCUGAGUGCAUCGCUAGAGUUCAAGGAUACAGCCGCGGUUGCAUUGGUUUCAUUUGACAACGACGCCGAACCGACGGAUUGCUUGUUGAGCAGCUGUAGAAUGUCGUCUUUGAAGAAAAACACACCAAACGUGACUGCCCCAGCAAACAAGAGCACGCCGACGACGGCAAAUGCGCGGGAUACGAAGCGGCUUCCCGAGUAUUUUACUCUCUUGUCUUCCUUGGAGGGAUCGUUCUUGCCGUCACCAAUGAGAUCUGCGUCGCUCUUGCUCGAACUCUUGGUGGAAUCCAACGCGACAUCGUCGACCCUUGACUCCAAGUCGGCAUCGAUGUCAGCGGUGUUCUUGUCCUUGUCGUCCAACAGCCCCUCGUUCUCCAGUGGAUUCUUUCGUAGCGCCACGGGGGUCAUGGCUGGACCAGUGCUAAAUGCCGCUGGUGUGUCGAGAACCUGAGGUCGCAUCAUGGUGUGUGGGGUGAUUGAUUCUUGUGUGCAGGUGAGUUCAGCAUGGGUGCUGGACAAUCUCAU